UCCCCAAAUGAUUGCCUUUCGGGUCUUCUUUCGCCUCGCACCAUUGGCUGACCGCUGGCCUGAUUUCCACUGAUCUGCAUGUGCGAGCAUGUGAGACAGUACUUAACACACACAAGAUGCAGCUGUUAUCCUGCUGCGCUCUUUAGACAGCUGCCGGCCCGUCUCUCUCUUCCUUCAUCAGUCGACACUCUUCUGUCAGCGGCAGAAUGCGACGAUUGCUGAACAGCAGCUGGAUAAAGUUUGGACCCGCUGGAAGAGAUGACUGGGUGUCUGGGUCCCCAUCGCCGCCUACUGCAGAGCAACGACUACAGGGUUACCACUGGAAUGAGCUCUCGAGCGAAAACAACGGGAAAUCGGAGCUAAUCCUGCACAUCGUUCUCCCGCUCGUCACGCUCCUCGUGUUCAGUGCCGUGUUUGUCCUUCUUUACCGAAGGUUCAGGCAGAACAAGCUCGGACUGACCAACAUCAUCACGCUGGACCUGCAGGACCCGGAGCGCAACGCCGAGAUUCUGUCGUCACUCACCGGGAACGCGGAGCGGCUGAACAGCACGAGCUCGGACAUGUCUGACGGGGUUUUGCUAAUGGUUUACCUCCCGCCGCCCUACGAGGAAACGCUGACGAAGAUCACACGGGCCGCCAGCCUCAGCAGCGGGAAAGACAUCGAAACCGAAGACCUCGAAGCCAAACUGUGUCCCGAGCUCAAGUCGAGCGGGAAGUUUGUCUGAGAGAAGCACUAAAGACACACUGGGGCUAGUUGUCACACAGUGAAGAUGACACAAGGGCUAUCUCAGUUUUCUACAUAUCUUCUCCAGAACUUGUUGGUCUGUUGGGUGAAUUGUAACAAAAUCUAUAGAAUACCCUUGACAUGUCACUUGUAUAAUUUUGAAGGGGGAAAAUUGCAAGCUCAAUAUGGCCCCGCCUUCUGAUUAAAAGAGCCAAUCGCUAAUCGGUACAAUCACUGCGUCAAUGGAGCUGCCGUUAAAACUUCUGGUUACUAAAGAAAGGCGU